AUGGCAAUCACAGACGUUCCUCGUGACUUUUUUGAUCCAUUUCGUGGUAAAAGGCUUUCUUACCUACUGCUGCAACAAAACGAGUUCAAGUGUUACCCGUCCAUCUUUGCUAAUCUAACAUCCGUUUAUGAGAUGGUGCUAGAGACAUUUCAUAUAGGAGUUCUGGAGCCUGCUUUCUUUGAUGGCAUGAAGGAACUUCGAAGCCUUACAGCUAGUAACACAAAGUUAGAGCAAAUCAAUCCUUCGGGGUCAUCAUGGAAGAUUGAUCUUCGGGAACUGGAUUUGUCAGAGAACAACCUUCAGAUGUUGAGUCCAUUUGCCUUCAAGGGGUUCUCCGUUGUAAUUGUCGUUAUCGUCAUCGUCAUCGUGUACCACUACAGAUGGCAACUGAGGUACAAACUCUUCCUUCUCCGACUCUCCAUUUUGGGCUACAGAGAAAUCCUGGACGAAUACGAUCGCGAGGAUUACGACUUUGACAUCUACGUCAUAUCGACAGAGGAUGAUGAGAAUUGGAUUCAGGACAAACUGAAACCAUAUUUUCAGGGAUUGCCGUACUACAAGCGAAGCAGAAACGUCUUUACGGAAGAUGAUCUUCCCCUUGGCAGGCAUCGCAUGGAAACCAUAGAUCGCGUCUUGCAAAAAAGCUUUAAGAUUCUUGUAUUACUGAGUGAAACUGCCUGCGCUGAUGGCUGGUUUCUGGAUUGUUUCCGUAUGGCAAUGGAUGAAGUGGCCGAUACUCAGACAGAGAAAAUCGUAGUGGUGUUCCUGCAGAACAUUGAAGAAGAUGUGAUGCCAUUUUAUGUGAGAUGGUACAUGGGAGGCCAAGGGCCAUAUGUAGAAUGGGUGGAAGAUGAUGAUGAGGGGCAGAAAUACUUUUGGAAACGUUUAGAGAAAUGUCUGUCUGUAAACCGUAAACGUAACCAUCUUAUACCUGCAGAAUAA